GCUAGUGCAACAAGAACACUAAGUGACACAGUGGACCUGGACACAGCUACGCUAAGCAUGGAACAUUGCAUUUUAACAGAUGAAACUACCCAAGGCACUUCAGGUGGCACCAUUGUGACACAUGGAGCUACUGGCACCACUACCAGCACUUUACAGACAGAUCUGCAGACUGACCAGGGGCCUGCCGAUGGCACACCUGUGUUCACCUUCGGUUCACUUACUGAUGAGGAAAUGGCACAUCUGGGUGUUGCAGUAUUGCCCGUCGAAGCAUCACCAACAUGCUUAACUCCACCACCUACAUAUGCCAUCAUAUUUGAUAAUCUUGACUUCUUUGUUCGCACACACCACCAGUCUGUCGUCCGAGGGAACAAGUCACUUCACUGGAUCCACCACCUUGUCGUGGAAGAUAGAGUGCCUUCACAUUAUCUCAGCAAGGACAAGCCCACUCAGCCAAUCAUGGAGUACGACAUUGGGGACUCCCUCCCGGGUCCUGAAACCCAGGCCCAUAUGCGCCGUGAACACAUAGUCCUGGGCAGCCGUAUCCUCACACAGCACUUAGAUGCCUUCAAGCCAUUCUCAAGAGUCGUGGUUCGUCACAUCCCUCACAAGUUUUCAAAGAUUAUGUCAGAGGCCUCCACCCACUACCCUCUUGGAAUCCUGUUCAAGGAUGAAAACAAAUCUGGAGACUUGGUGGAUGUUCUACAGCACCUCCAGAAAGAGUAUGCUCCAAAGGGCCCAGAUGGACUGAAGAGCAUUCUAGUCGGCGGUGACCGGCUGACGGAGGGGAACAGUAGGAACCUUCAGUGGAGCUUUGCUGAAGGGGAAAGUGUGGAAGACCGACUUGAAGGGCUUGUUUUCAAGUUUGAGGACUGGCAUGCAAUCCGAAACUUGUUUGAGAUCUAUCACAAGGUCUUCUUCAAAGAGGGCUCUGAAAGAGAUCAUGGGACACUGCUUUCUAACAUGAACAGGCUGAGGACUAUUCUUUGUGCAGAUGAACUCCAGCCACCAUGAAUUAAGGCUUGGUAUUUUUUUUACUCGUGUACUGAGCAGCAAUGCGAAACAAGGCCCACAUACUGCAUUCAAUGCAUAUAAAGAGUUUCUGCAGAAGGACACGGCUGCUCUCUUCUUGGUCGCUGCGAUGGAGCAUUUUGGACUGAAGGAUGUUGGAGAUGUCCCAGAAGGUUUUAUCCCUGACCACAUCCAGACUGGUUCACUGGAGCUGAGAAGGAGCUGGCUGCAUGAAGUUGUGUCCCAAGUUGUGGACAGAUUUGUUGUGUUUCCAAACACUGCUGACAUUUUAACUGGAGCCAGAGAUGCUGCUAGCGACCAGCCUCUAAAGGAACAGGAACUCCCAUGCUGCAUGCCAGGUUGCAAGGCGGU